AUGGAAGAAAAAAAUUAAACCAAGCCUCCAGUAGCUCCCCCAUUUUUCAAAAAUCGACUGAACACUGCUUAAUCUAAAGAAAAAAAUAAACCUAGUAUUACAACAUCGACCUAAGGCAAUCAAAUCAGCCCACAAUAAUACAGCAAAAUUUUCCCAAAUACUUAGAAAGCAUCGAUUAAAAACCAAAAACAGGAAUAUAGAGUAAUGAGUCCUUAAACUCAAGCAUUUCAUGACUAUGAAACAAAUGUAGGUACUAGUAUUCGGCAUACAACAUCUCAGAUUGAAAACAUCGAGUAUAGCAAACCAAUAAAAAAUCAUCUUCAUUAUCAAAUCACUUAUAAAGAUGCGAGACCUGGAAAGAAUAUUUUGAAAGUAGGAAAUUUGCGAAGUAAAAAAUACCAGGAAAGAGAGGAAUAUUUGCUAUAAAGGACUAUAAAAGCAGUGUAAGAUUUUGACAAUCAUGAUUUGUAUGAGAACAUAGACAUUAAACGCUAUCAUAACAUCAGCCCAAACAAAACUUCCUUGCUUAAUUAAAAUAGCAGUACAGGCAAGAAAAUACAAAACGAUUAUCAAGAUCAAAUAAAUUUUAUGAAUAUGAACUAAGGACAGCAGAACAAUAAAUUAUUUAAUACUUAAACUUCCAAAAAAGGAAUGGCAUCUACUUCUUAAUUGGACUUAAAGUAGAUGUAUCCAUAUAUAUAAACCACUCAAUCACAAAAAGUUGUAAAAUUUUCUAUUGGUCAGCCAGCAGAUGUCAAAUCAUUUGCUAAGACUCUGCUAUUUGAGAACUCACCUUCAAAUGAGAUACCAAAUUAAAGGUUUUAAAAGAAUUUUAUUUCUCAAGAAGCUGAUGAGAGAUAUAUGAAAUAGAGACUACUGACUAAUAAUAAUUACUCAGCGAUGCUUAACACUAUUUAAAAGAAAAAGAAACUAGAUUCUCUUUAAUAGAGAUUCUAGUAAACAAUUAACCUCCUGCCAGACGAGACUAAAAACUAACUGCUCCAUGUUGCUUAGCAAUUUAACAUUUAAGACGAUAAUGUUUAAAGUAUAAUGUUUGGGAAAGAUUAAAUCAACACUUAGUCUGAUUACAGAUACUACAGUAGACCUGAUACUCAGUAGUACUUGGCUUCAUAUUAAGAAGAGAACAUAGAUCUCAUUGACUAUAACUAAUCUAAUAUGGGACAUGUUAGAUCUUUAUCAAAUGGCUAACUUUAAUAAUAGAAUCUUCCUAACCACGAGACAAAAGUCCAAGAUAAAUAAUACAUAUAGAGUAAAAAGGAAUAGGAUCCAAACAGACCUGCCUAGAUUUUUAAUCUUAAUACUGAAGACCCAGCUUAAGUAGCUUAGAAAAUCAAAGUUCUAAUUAAUCAAUCUUAAUAACUGGAGAAAAAAGUAAAUGAAAAUGUUAUCAAUUCUAUAAUGAGAAUUCAUGAGGAUACUGAACAACCAAACUAACAGUAAAGAUAGUUUAGAAUAAUUACAGAGAAGAAAAAAAUCACCAAAUAUUUCUCUUAAGUCAGAGGCGGGUUAGUCGCUAAUCCAGGAGAGGAAAAUCUUAAAACUAAAACGUUUAAUAAGGCAACUUAUUAUUAUGUAGAUGAAGAUAACAUCAAUGGCAUGAAAUAGAGAAAAUUGCAUGAAUAAAAAGUGAUCACUGACUAUAUGUCGGAGAGAGAAUAAUUCAUAUAUAACUAGAAUAGAUUGAAGAGAAUCAUGAAUGUAGAGGGAACUGGUAAUGGUAAUACAGCAACUGGAGAUAAUCAAUAUAAUUAAGCACCAAAGUUUAAAGACAGUGAACUAGGAAAGCAAAAUCUUGAAGACUAUAUGAAAUUCAACAAAAUAAAUCCAAAGGUAUUUACAGCUGAUACAAUUCAAGCUCCUGAGAAAGCAUUAGUAAAAACUAAAUCCAUUAAGCCAAACACCAAUAAGAAGCAUGGGCAUAUAUAAAAAUCUGUGUUACUUCUUUAAACAUAAAAAAUUCCCCAAGCCAAAUUAUUCAUCAAUAAAUCCUUAAGAGAGUUUCCAGGUGAUGUAACACUAUUAUUUAACAAAGGUCUUGCAUGUCUAAUGGGCAAGGAAUACAAGGAAGCAAUGGAAAUCUACGAGAAUCUAUUUGACUUGCUGUCAUAUAAAAAUGCAGUUCUUAUGAAUCUGUUUAUUGCUUACUUGAAUCUUGACAUGUUUGAGAAGGUUCUAGAGUCGUUUGAUCUUAUCUAAAAAUCUGAGAAUUUCCUUGAUUUUGAUGAGAAAAAUCUUAAGAAAUUAUAUCUUUUUGCCAGAGAAAAGCUAAAACAAGUAGAUUAUGAAAGAUAUGAGCAGCAUCAAUAAUUGAUGAAAAUGCGCAGAAGCUAAUUGCACAAAUCUUCAAUAGAAAACCCAUAGUAAUCUACUGGUUAAUAGUAAAAGAUGUAAAUAUAGCAAGAAGAAAAAAUAGACGAUGAGAGCCAAUCGAUUAAGAAUGAAGUCAAUAUGUUUGAGAUGACAAAAAGUUUUGAUGUUACUUAAAACAACCACUUUCCUCACAAAAGAUAAUGGUCAUAGAACAAACUUCCAUCAUACAAAGAAAAUAUAUUAACUCUUACGCCAAAAGGGUAUCUUGAUUAAAAAAAAGAAAUUAAUAAAAUAUAGCUUGGAAGAAGAAAAUCUUCAGCUGAUACUGAAUAUGAUAUUAAGAUAAAGCAAGGCUAAGCAUAGUAUAUUGCAAAUAAAUCUGAGAAUAUUUUGAAAAACAAGGAGUAGUAGUUGAAAUAAAAGUAUUUAGAAAUCCAGGGAAAGUAUUCUGACAAGAAUAGUGGAGGUGGUGCAAAUUCAUCAGUUAGAAGCAAAAAUUAUGAAAACAUCUAUAAAAACGAGGAUAGAAUCAUAGACAGUAUCAAUGAUGAUAAGCUAUAAAGAAAAAUAGAAUCAAAGCAAAGCUACUUCAACGGAUUUUAAGUUUACUCUGACAAAGAUUAAAAAGUGAAGUAAAAAAUAUAGGAAUAGAGAGAUUAAUCAUACAAGGCUUAGCAGGAAACUCCCCAGCCAGCAGAUAGAAGAUUUAGUAAGUAAAAAAGUUUGAAGUUAGCGAAUAACAGCAUCGAGCAGAAAAAGAAAACUAUGAAACAGAGAGAUAGUGAUUUAAGUUUGGAAUUUAAAGAAGCUCUCUCUCGACUUGAAAACGAGAUGACGGAAAGCAAGGAAUAUUUUUUCACUAGGCUUAAGAAGAUCAAUGACAAAGUUGAAGAUUUAGGUCCAUAGUUUGAUCCAGUCCAAAGAGAGUAUGAAGUGCUAAUUUUAGAAAUAUAAAGUUUGAAGAAGGACAUUGGAGGUGAAGACAAUCUCUACGAAUUCAUUUCUAAUCUGAAGCAAUAGAAAAAACUUAAGAGCAGCUCUCCCAGUCUCAAGAAUAGUGCAAGAGAUUCAAGGCCUUGGAAUGAAAGCUCAGCAAAAAAGGAUAAGUUUCAAAUAUAAGUCAUAAAGUACAGAUAAUACUAAAGAGCUAUAAAUGUACUGCUUGACACAAAUAAUAGUUUGUACUUUUACAAAUAAAAGUCAGUUAUGAAAAACUACCAAGAUGCCAAAGUGAGAAACAGUCAAAAAUUAUCAAAGCAAAAUUCUAAAGAGCAUCUAACAUCUUCUGGGAACUAAUCUUUGAGUAGAUUUAGCAAUAAAAGAUAAUCUCAUCCAGUGAGAAAGUAGUCAUUUAGAUCUGAAUUAGAGGAGAGUAUAAAGAACAUUGAAGAUAGGUUGAAGGUUUAUGAGCAAGUUAAGAAAAGCAAUGAGACUGAUGAUCAAAAGCUUAUGAGGAUUCUUUGCAUUACUCCAGCAUAAUUAGAAACACGGAAAAUACUUUAAAAUGGAAUAACAGGUCAUGUUUUAAUGCCUAUGUCUGACAGAGAAUCAAUCAAGCAAAAAAGAGAUGCAGACUUUUAAUAGUUCGAUGCCAAAACUGCAGAAUUCCUAGAUUAUUUAUUUGAAACAUAUGGCUUGUAGUAGGUUAUAGUACCUGAUACUCAAAAGGCUAGUCUUUUUAAGGAAAUUUAAGAUACUCAUGAUCUCAAUCAUUUCAUCAACCAAAUGUCUAUGUUUGUGACUAACAGGAGUAGUGAUUUGUAGCAUUUGCAUAAAUAUGCUUAAAAGCCUCAUAAAAAACAGGACAAGGAUUAGCCGUAACAGCAAAUAAGUGAUAUUGAUGAUAACGAGGAGAUCAAGCAAGAAGGUGAUAAAUUCAUUGAUAUCAGAGAAGAAAAUGAUAUCAAGCACUCAGAGUUUGAAAACUUCUAAAAGCUUCUUGAGUAAAAGAUUCUGCAGAAGAUAAGUGAGAAAGAAAUUGAAGAGAGUGAAUUCUAUGAAGCAAUGCUUUAAAAACUUAACACUAUAGAUAUUCUGCAAACAUACCUUAAGAAAUGUGCAAUAUCUCUCAGAAAGGAUGAGGAACAGAUAGUCAAGAAAGAACUUACAUUUGCUAUGCUUUAAAUAUUCAGAGAGCAGAUUAGUAAAAGAGAGAUCUUGGAGAGGCAAAGAAAGAAUAACAAGCCUGAAUUAGAAUAUGAGGAUGUUGAUUAUGACCUUAUUGAUAAGAUAGUAAAAAGACUCAAAUUCUUUAAGACUUUUGAUGAAAAGGUAAGACAUAAGCUAUAUAGAAUCUGCAGAUAUCAAAUAGUCCCACCUAAUAGAACAAUUGUAAGAAAGGAGGAAAUAGAUUCAAUGAUUAUAGUUAUUAUAAAUGGGACAGCAAGCUUAAUGGUUAAAGACUUAGAGUAGAAUAUUACCUUUUCUCUUUGUACUUUGUUUCCAGGAGAAUCAUUGGGUGAUGUAAAUUUAGCUAGCACAUUGAAGCAUAAAGAAGACUAGUGCUAGACCUUUGUUAAAAGUGACAAAGAAUGUGAUGUGCUAGUAUUUGAUAGAAAGGAGUUUUCAAAUGUACUAUUCUAAGAAAUGAAAGAGUCACUCUAUGAAAAGAUCAUCACACUAAAAAAUUCAGAAUUCUUUGAGAGCAUAUCGCCUUAUGCUCUUGUCAUAUUAUGCAGCAAUAUUGAGAUUAAGGAAUACUCUUAUGGAGAUGUAAUUGUUAGGUAAUAGCAAGAGCCUGAGUUUUGCUAUAUCAUAGUGAGCGGAGAGUGUAAAGUAGCCUAUGAGACUAUUAUUUAUAAGACAAGAGAUGAAAUGAAUGCUUUGGUAUAAGCUGGCAAGCUUAGUAUGCACUUUGGAUUUUAAAACUAUAAUCCAUCUGAUUAAUACUACGGCGGUAAAAAGAACAAACUCGAUAGCCUGCCCAUUGUUAAGAGUGAAGAUGGAUUCUUUAAUCAACAAAAACUUAAUGAAAAGUUUUCCUUUUAAAACGAUAGGCUUGAUCUAAAACCCCUUAAAUAGAGCCAAAAAGAUCUAGAUAUUUUGAGUUAACCUUCUAUUAAAGGAAGUAGUCUGAGUAAAAAUGAGGGAGGAAUACUAGGUGGCUUUACCAAAGCCUCUAUUUAAAAAGAGAUCGAUAGCAAACAGCUUUUCGCUUUCAGACAUCAUAUUCACUAUGAUAAACUAGUCCAAGGCAAAUGCUUCUGUGCGAGAACAUUGCUUGAAAAAGACUAUGUGAGGAAAUUCAUUGAAAGAGAGUAUGAUGAUUUCAAGACUCAGCUAUUUCCUGAUCAAACUUCAGAAGACUUAGCCACAUCCUCAAUAUAAAAAAGUCAUCAAAACAGUAGAUAAGUUAGUAACGCUAAUUUAAACAUUGACAAACGUACAGUUGGUUUAUCAAGUGGUAGUGGCGCUCCAGGAUAUUCAAAUUUUAGGAAUAAAGGAACAAGUUAGCAUCACAACUAGAUGGGUGGAGAACAUGAUUCUUUGAAUUAUAAAAAUAUGAUGGAUGGAAGACAUGAGCUAUCAAAAUAUGAUUAAAACGAAAGUAAUUCUACAAGACUAGAAAUGGAACCAAUGCUCAAAGAUAAUGAACAUAAGCAAGAUUUUCACAGGAAACUUAUGAAUAUGUCUAUCAAGUCUCAAGUAAAGGAGUAAAUGUCAAAAGAAGAGCACAAAAGAAGGAAUAUCAGAAGUUUUAAUGUGAAUGCAAAUAGAUCGACAGAGAGCAUAGAUAAUGACAUGAAUAAUAGAGAUAUAGAUACUUUCCUACUGGGUGGGAAUCCAUAUAAUCAUCUUACGAACUAACAGCAGCAUUUAAAAGAAUAAGAACUUAAAUAAAUGUAUGACCAGCUCAUGAAAUCCUAACUAACAGUGGUAAGUUUAACACUUUAUAUAUAAUAAAUAUCAUAGAUUGCAGACUCAGCCAGUGUCAAAGUGAUUGUGAUAUCAAGGAAGAGUAAAAAGUAUCUUAGUGAGCCGCUUAAGGCUGUGAUUGACAAUAAAAUCUUAAAUCUAAAGUUCAAGGAUUAUGAUAGACCGUUCAAGAAUUCACCUGAUAUUACUAAGUUUCUGGAAAAUCAAAGGAAUUGGGAGAGCUAUAAGAGCAAAGUUAGUAACAAUAAUGCCACUGGCAGCAACAAGCAUCAUAAUUGA